AGAUUUUAUCGAUUGCCUUAAAGGUAGCGCUUUUUCUCCAUAAAAAUCUCAAAAUAAGAAAUUUUUUUCCAUAUUGAAUAACAAAGAGCACAAUUGUUAUUAAUUAUAUAAAUAUAUGUUUAUUGAAUAUUUACUGUGAUAUUAACAAAAAUGCCGAGUUCAAGAAAAAUAAUAUUGAAACAUGUCAUGUCUGGUAUAUGUACAAAAAUGAACAGAACCAAACAAUUACCUUCCGAUUUAAUGGAAACACCGCUAAAUCGAUGUUUAAACACAUUCGAUAUCACCCUGUUAGGAGUCGGACAUAUGGUAGGUGCUGGUAUAUACGUCCUCACCGGUACUGUUACCAAAGAAAUAGCCGGUCCUGGUAUAAUACUAUCAUUUUUAUUAGCGGGUUUAGCUUCUUUACUAUCGGCACUUUGUUAUGCCGAAUUUGGUACAAGAGUACCUAAAGCCGGUUCUGCCUACGUCUACACCUACAUUAGUAUUGGAGAAUUUUGGGCGUUUGUUAUUGGAUGGAACAUAAUUUUAGAACAUAUGAUUGGUGCAGCUUCCGUAGCUAGAGCUUGGAGCGGUUACGUAGACUCGUUAUUUGGUAAUAUUAUAAGUAAUACCACGAUUAGCGUUACUGGGCAAAUGCACGAAGAACUUCUUAGUAAAUAUCCCGAUUUUUUAGCCUUCACUGUGUGCCUGGUUUACUCUCUUUUAUUAGCUAUAGGCGUUAAAGGAUCUACCAUUGUAAACAGUUUAUUUACAUUGGUGAAUUUAAUGGUUAUGGCAUUAGUCAUUGUAGUUGGAUUCAUUUACGCCGACGAAAGCAACUGGACUGAACAGAAAGGUGGAUUUUUUCCGUUUGGAAUGGGAGGUGUAAUGGCGGGAGCAGCUACAUGUUUCUACGCUUUCGUGGGGUUCGAUAGUAUCGCAACGUCUGGAGAAGAAGCUAAAACCCCUUCGUUUUCUAUACCAAUAGCUACGGUUCUCUCUAUGGGAAUCGUAACCUUGGGAUAUGUUCUAGUGGUAUCAGCGUUAACUUUAUUAGUCCCAUAUUACGACAUCGAUCCGAACGCCGCUCUCCCAAGCGCUUUCAACAAAGUUGGUAUAACUUGGGUACAAUAUGCUGUGUCUAUAGGAGCUAUAUGUGGUAUGACCACAACUCUAUUCGGAUCUCUAUUCUCACUACCGAGAUGUAUGUACGCGAUGGCUACAGACGGUUUGUUAUUCAGUUUCCUUGGUAAUGUUAACACCAAAACGAAAAUACCACUUACCAAUUUAGUUAUAUCAGGAUUAUUUUCCGCGAUUAUAGCACUAGUAUUCGAUCUGGAAAAACUAGUCGAGUUUAUGUCGAUCGGGACGCUACUAGCCUAUACUAUAGUCAGUGCUUCCGUCAUAAUUUUGAGAUACAGACCGAGUUUCGAAACCACAGUAACCAAACCGCAACUAGCACUAACACCCAAUUCAGAAUCAUCUAGCAGUACAUCAGACACGACACCUCUAUCGGAAAUAAUUAACCUAACAGGAACCCUUAGGUUACAAUACAGUUGGUUGGGUCCCGUUUUUGGUAAUCGCGAACCAGGAUCAGUUGUAACGGGAUCCGUAUUCGUCUAUACCAUAUUUUCUUGCGCCCUCUGUAUAUUAUUACAAGUUUCAAUUAACGGCUUAUGGUGGACUAUAGUUUUAGCUUGUUUUUUCUUGAUUAUCAUGGGAGGAUGUUUACUGGUAAUUGUUGCACAUCACCAAAAUACCACGGGUUUGAGAUUCAAAGUGCCCUUGGUGCCGUUAAUACCGGCUAUAAGUAUAUUGUGUAAUAUCGAAUUUAUGAUACAUUUGAACUACUUGACAUGGUUGCGGUUUUUCGUAUGGAUGAUUUUAGGUAUGCUAGUUUACUUUUUAUAUGGUAUACACCAUAGCAAAGAAGGCGAUUCAAAUUCUUCUUAUUCGAUAUUAAUGACGUCGUCUGAGGCGAUAAAAGAAAAAUGGGGAUCGACAACGAGAAUAAAUAUAAAAGGAGCCCUUACAAGAAGAAAAACGUCUACUAGUGACAGGGCGGCAAUAAUUGAUGAAGAAGACACUCCAGAAUAACGAUUUAACACAUUAUAUAAAUUUUUUUUUAUAGAUAAUUUGACUGAUAUUUUGAUUUUUAUUAUUAGUUUCUAUCUAAAGAUGUUCAAUUGUACUUGUUGUGUAUAGUAUAGAUAUUAUUUUAAUUUGUUAUAUAUAAUACAAACGCAUUUUAGACAAAUAUUUAUUGUAUAUAAAAAGUAUACUAUUAAAGCUGACUAUUACAUUUCUA